UUGAAGUUACCUUCAGCUUAAGAUGCUAAUCUUAUAAUCUGUUUCAUUUUGAAAUUAUAAAAACAGACUAUAUUAUUUUAGCCUUUCUUAUUUUAAAUCAAAAAUUAAACAGUGCCCAUGCCAUGAAUGAAUUAUCGUUAUUUAUUUGACGUAGGUACAAAUAUGACGUACAAUAAUCAUUGUUAAAUUUCAUUCAAUUGUAAUUCCAUUUGUACCAAUCUGGAGCAUGAAGCUAACUCCACAAAAAAACGCAAAAGGUUACAAGCUAAAAAUAUAUUUUUAAUAAAUAAAAAAAAACAAACUUUGUGCAAUAGUAGUAUAUAAUGCUUUAAUGAAGUUCAUGCCAUGAGUACUGUUUUUUCUGAAUGUCAAAUAAGUGAAGAAAUUGGAUGAGUACAUAUAGGGCUGUCUUUGUAUAUGAAAAUUCCAUUUUUUAAAACACUUCAUACAUGGCAUUUCUUAACAUAAAUGUUAUGUAUUUUUUCUAGCCACCAUUAUAGCUUCAUACUGAUGUACUGAAUACCAACAACUCUUGCCAGCUUACUGUGCCAUGGAUGGUACUAUAAAGUGACAGUGCAGAGUUUGGCUGGAGAUGAGAAUGUCUGGCAAAAGAAAUGGACUCUAAAUUAUAAGUUCCAAAACCUUAGAAAUGUUGGGACUAAGUACAGAUGAUAACCACAGGGUGGAAAUAUCUAUAACAGCAAAGAACAAAAGAAAAAUUCUAGUUAUUUUAGAAAUGGCAGAGCUCAAACACCACAAAACCAAAUCUUCUAGAAGUUUAAGAGAAGAGGAAGUUAAAAAAUCAAAAAGAAAACAUCAUAGGGGAAGUUCGAAACACCAUUACACAGAUUCUAAAACUCCACCACUACCAGCAACAAUAGAAGAUUUAUUAAAACGCCGGGACUCUUUAAAAGAAGAACUAACAAGAAUAUCUGAAAAUUGUUUAAAAAGUGCCAUGACAGACCACCAAUUACAUACAAAGAAAUACUCAAAUAAAGCACAAUCUAAAAAGCAUUCAAGUGAUAAGAGCAAACCAGUUUCCUCUAAAAAAAGAAAAAUUUCAGAUACUUCCCCUGAGGUCAGCCAUAAUUAUACAAAUUUAGAUUCAGAAGAUGAAGAAACCAUUAUAGAGCAACAAAGGUUACAACGCAAACAACUAAUAGAAAAACUGAUAACUUCUUGUGAUGAUAAACAUAAAGGUGACAAAGAAAGAGAGAAUAAACAAAUCAAGAAUACAAGCAAUGAUGUCAAAGAAAAAACCAUUAUUUCUGAACCUAAACCUUCCCCCAAAGAAGUACCCGAUAUGUUUUCUGAAAAUGAUGACUUUGAUGCUCAUAAUGUCCCAGAUCAAGUAAAGCAGGAUAAAGAUAACAACACACAAUUGAUUGAUAAUUGGGAUAAUUCAGAUGGAUACUACAACACCACCAUUGGUGAUAUAAUUGACAAUAGAUACACUAUUAAAACCAUAUUAGGACAAGGAGUGUUUGCAAAUGUUGUUCGUGCUCAAGAUAAUAAUAAUAAUUCUAAUGUUGCCAUAAAAAUUAUCAGAAAUAAUGAUAUGAUGUACAAAGUUGGUUUGAAAGAAAUUUCUUUCAUUAAAGAAAUAAAUGAAGCUGAUAAAGAAAACAAAUAUCAUUGUGUGCAAUUAUUAACACACUUUAAACAUAAAGGUCACCUUUGCUUGGUAUUAGAAUCAUUACACAUGGAUAUGAGAAGUAUAAUAAAAAAAUAUGGAAGACAUGGAUUGAAUAUGAAAGCAUUGAUGAGUUACAGUAGACAAUUGAUGUUAGCAUUGAGAUUACUCAAAAAACUUGGAAUUAUACAUUCAGAUAUAAAACCUGAUAACAUUUUAGUUAAUGAAAAGAAGAAUGUUUUAAAAUUGUGUGACUUUGGAUCAGCAUGUAAGCUUCAUCAAAAUGAACCAACACCAUAUUUAGUUUCAAGAUUCUACAGAGCCCCUGAAAUUAUAUUAGGCCUACCUUACAACCAUGGGGUAGAUAUGUGGUCUGCUGGGUGCACCAUUUUCGAAAUGGCAACUGGGAAGAUUCUCUUUACAGGCAGUUCAAAUAAUAAAAUGUUAAAAUGCUUUAUGGAUUUCAAAGGGAAAAUUCCUAGCAGGCUUAUAAAAAAAGGUAAAUUCAAAGAUCAACAUUUUAAUUAUAACAAUAAUUUUCUUUUACAUAAAAAGGAUGAAACCACCCUCAGAGAAAAAGUUGUUGAGAUAACAAACAUUACUGCAACAAAGGACUUGUAUACAGAAAUGCAGAAGGCAUGCAAAAAUCUGACAACGGCAGAGGAAAAGAAAUUGCCGCAACUUAAAGACUUUCUUGAUAAAAUCUUCAUGUUCGAUCCCAACCAUAGAGCAGGUAUACUUGACUGCCUAAAACACCCAUUCAUUCAAGGAGAGCUUGAAAAAUAAUAAAAUUAACUAUGUAAUUGCGGAAAUAUUUUAUUAAAUUCAAUAAGUUUAAGUUGUACAUAUUCAUUUUAUUAAUAAUACAUUGCCGUUUAUGCUUGUAGUGUGAUUUCCGGCUUCUGAAUAGAGAACCACAUCCAUAGAGGUCGGAAUAAUAUUAUAAGACCACAUCCCUUUCGUGUGUGUCAGAAUCGCGGUUGUA